AUGGGAGAAACUGAGAAAAAAAUUGAAACCCAUAAAACAAGAUGUCUUUCCAAGAUGAAGAUAUUUCUGUUGGCCUUAACAUGUGCAUUUGUAUCCAAAGUACUAUCUGGAGCUUAUACAAAUUCCAUGCUCACACAAAUAGAGAGACAAUUCAACCUCCCAACAUCUCUAGUUGGAUUCAUUAAUGGGAGCUUUGAGAUUGGAAAUCUUGUGUUGAUUAUAUUUGUGAGUUAUUUUGGAACCAAGCUGCACAGACCUAUAAUAAUUGGUGUCGGAUGUGUGGUUAUGGGCUUAGGGUGUUUCUUACAAGCCUUACCUCAUUUCCUCAUGAACCGAUACGAAUAUGAGUCUACAGUUUCAGUUUCAGGCAACUUGUCCUCAAACAAUUUCUUGUGUAUGGAAAAUGGAACACAAAUUUUAAGACCAACGCAAGAUCCAUCAGAGUGUGUGAAGGAGGUUAAGUCCUUAAUGUGGGUGUGUGUACUAAUAGGAAAUACUAUACGUGGGAUGGGCGAAACUCCCAUCAUGCCUUUGGGUAUUUCCUACAUAGAAGAUUUUGCCAAAUCUGAAAACUCUCCCUUAUAUAUUGGGGUUAUAAAAACAGGAGCUAUCAUUGGUCUUUUGGUUGGACUUUUGUUAGGGUCAUUCUGCGCAAACAUUUAUGUGGACACUGGAUUUGUGAACACAGAUGAACUGACCAUAACUCCCUCUGAUACUCGUUGGGUUGGUGCAUGGUGGUUUGGCUUUUUGAUUUGUGCAGGAGUGAAUGUGCUCACUGCCGUUCCUUUUUUCUUUUUGCCCAAAACGCUUCCAAAGGAAGGACUAGAGGAUGAUGCUGACAUCACUAAAAAUGAUAAGGAAGAGAAACAAAGAGAAGAAGCCAAGAAGGAAAAAGAUGGACUUACUAAAGAUUUUUUACCAUUCAUCAAAAGUCUUUCAUGCAAUCCAGUAUACAUGCUUUUCAUAAUUCUAAGUGUGGUACAGGUCAACGCAUUUGCUAGUUCGUUCUCCUUCUUGCCUAAAUAUCUGGAACAGCAAUAUGGAAAAUCAGCUUCGGAUGCAGUCUUUCUAGUUGGUAUUUAUAACAUACCUCCAAUAUGCAUUGGAUAUAUAGUUGGUGGUUUAAUUAUGAAGAAGUUCAAGAUUACUGUCAAACAAGCUGCCCACGUAGGAUUUUGGUUAUCCUUAAGUCAUUAUCUUCUCCAUUUUUUGUUUUUUGUCAUGAUCUGUGACAAUUCUUCAGUUGCUGGCAUAACUGUCUCUUAUGAAGGAAUUCAACAAGAUGUAUACACGGGAAAUAACAUCCUUGCUGACUGCAAUACAGCUUGCAACUGUCCAACUAAAACAUGGGACCCUGUGUGUGGAGACAACGGUUUGUCGUAUAUGUCAGCUUGUCUUGCAGGUUGUAAGACAUCCGUUGGAACAGGAAUAAAUAUGGUGUUCCAUAACUGUAGCUGCAUUCAAGCAGCGGGACAUUCAUCUGCAGUUCUUGGGCUGUGUGGCAAAGGACAUGACUGUUCCAUGAUGCUCCAGUACUUUCUAAUCUUGAUGUCAGUUAACAGUUUCAUUUAUUCUUUAGCUGCCAUACCUGGAUUUAUGGUUCUCCUGAGGUGUAUCAAGCCUGAAGAGAAGUCCCUUGGUGUGGGAUUACAUGCAUUUUGCAUGAGAAUAUUGGCUGGAAUUCCUGCCCCUAUAUAUUUCGGAGCUUUAGUGGACUCCACUUGUUUACACUGGGGAACUUUGAAAUGUGGUGAGACAGGGGCAUGCAGAUUAUAUGAUACCACCAAGUUCAGAUACAUCUACCUUGGAUUGCCAGCAGCACUAAGAGGAUCAAGCUUUAUUCCAGCCCUAGUGAUCCUAAUUCUUUUGAGGAAGCAUCAUCUACCUGGUGAAAAUGCCUCUUCAGGAACUGAGUUUAUAGAGACAAAGGUUACAGGGAAGGAAAAUGAGUGCAAAGAUAUACAUCAGAAUUCCAAGCUUUUGAAUGAUGGUGAAUUGAAAAUUAAACUGUAA